GUGGGCCCUUUGGAUGCAGAGAGCUGACGAUGCUGUUGGCCGGGUCUAUUCCAUUGUGGAGUCAAUUCCUGGCAAGAUUUGGAGCAAAUCUGCCCAGGAUCUUGCUUUCCAUGGGGUGAGAUUUUCAUAGUCAUCACACCUCUUUUCUCUAUCCACUUUCCCUCUUUCCUCAUAUCUUCCGGAAUCCUUUCAUGUGCUUGUAUAUAUAUGAACUCAACCACACCCACACCAUUGCAAAAGCAAGCCAAGCCUCUGACGCCAAGCACACACACCACCUGCCUUUCCUCUACAACUCUUCCUCUCGGCUUCUGCUCAUAGCAUCCUCCUUCCCCAUCAGACACAAGAACACAAGCAGGAAAACACAAACAGAGACUCCAUGGCAGUGGUCACAGAGACUCCAUUCCAUGUCCUGGCUGUGGAUGAUAGUCUCCCAGACAGGAAACUCAUCGAGAGGCUUCUCAAGACCUCUUCUUUCCAAGUUACCACUGUUGAUUCCGGGAGCAAGGCUCUGCAGUUCUUGGGGCUCCAUGACGAGGACAGUCCAGUUUCUAUUCAUGCAGACCAGCUGGAUGUUGCGGUGAACCUGAUCAUCACAGACUACUGCAUGCCUGGCAUGACAGGAUAUGAUCUGCUCAAGAAGAUCAAGGAAUCAUCAUCUCUCAGAGAUAUCCCAGUUGUGAUCAUGUCGUCUGAGAACAUUCCUUCAAGGAUCAAUAGAUGCCUGGAGGAAGGAGCGGAUGAGUUUUUCCUAAAACCAGUACGGCUAUCAGACAUGAGCAAGCUGAAGCCUCACAUACUGAAAAGCAGAUGCAAGGAGCACUAUCACCAGGAACAGCACCAGCAAAGCGACUGCGAUAGCGAUGAAAGCAGUAACCCCACAAACAAUAGCAUCAGUGAUAGCAGCAACAGCUGCAAGAGAAAGGCAGCAGACGACGAAAUUUUGCCCCAGGCAAUCAGACUAAGGCACAGUUAAUUGCAAACUGAUUAUAUGACAGUUAACCUUUUUUCCUUGGUUUUUUGUCUUAGCUUUUGGCCUACUGAUUUGUAAAAUAGAUGUUAGGCCUUAAUUUGCAAAAUAUAAUGGAAUCCGUAAACGAAUACAGCUUCAAUCCAA